AUGUCGGAGUCAGAUUGGCCUCUUGCUUCUCCUUCUCCCACACAGUGUGACUAUGGAGAAUGGAGUGCUACUCAAGUGCUGAUUCCAGCUAUUUAUAUCCUAGCCUGUGUCAUUGGUACAUUUGGAAAUGCCUUUGUGCUCUUCGCAUAUCUGAACGGUCAUGGAACAUGGCCAUGGAAGAUUAGGAGCAACAACAAAUCUGAAUCUUCCUCCUCUUCGUGUUCUGUAACAGAGUCUCUGAUUGUCAGUUUGGCCCUGGCUGACCUUGCUUUUGUCACUACUCUCCCUUUGUGGGCAGUCUACACAACCCUGGACUAUCACUGGCCAUUUGACAGCUUCCUUUGCCAAGUGAGCAGCUACCUGGUGACACUGAACAUGUAUGCCAGUGUGUUCUCUCUGGCUGGACUCAGUGUUGAGGGCUACUGUGUGAUAAAACAACACAAGUCCAAGAACCUAGCACCAGUUAGGGCAUGGUACAUUGUCGGGUAUGUGUGGACAUCAACCAGUGUCCUUGCACUUCCCACUCUACUUCUAUGGACUGUCCGAGAGGUCAAGGGACACGAUUGGCAAGCUGAUGGUGAACACAAUAAUAGUAGUCCGCAGUGCUUGUGUGACAUGGACUAUUCUAGUUUGGUAUCACAAGAGCAAGCCAAGGUGAUGUAGUCAGCACUGCUAGGUUUGAAGUCUACUGUCCUGGGUUUCCUUCUUCCUCUUAUUGUGCUGCUGCUUUGCUACUGCUCCAUGGUGCAUUUCUUGUCCCGCCAUUUUUGUCUUGGACCUCAUGCCAAUCACCAGCGCAAGCUCCUGCACAUUGUUAUUACCCUCGUGUUGGCCUUUUUCCUCUGUUGGCUCCCUUUCCAUGCCAAUAUAACUUUGUCAGAUUCGGUUGAACUUGAAAUUUUACCCUAUUCCUGCAGCUUUGACUGCUCUGUCCACCCUUAUGCAAUCAGCCUAGCAUACAUGAAUAGUUGCCUGAACCCACUGCUCUAUGUCUGCUGUGACCCAGCCUUCUGUCAACAAUGCAAACAUGAAGUCAAACUUGUUUGGCCAAGACCUGAGGGGGAAUGGGAUGAUGCAGAAGUGAGAGAGACUGGAACAAGGGAUGAUCUGGAAGAGGAUACAAUUCAGAGAGAUGCAGGACACAGAUCCAAAACACAAAACUUUAACUGCAGCAUGUAG